AUGAGACAAUUCCAAACGCAACAGACAGCGGCGGUGGUCCGCGAGGCGCUAGUGUCAAUGUCGCUGUCCCGCGGGGCGGGGGCGGGCGCGGGCGCGGGGGCGGGCGCGGGCGCGGGCGGCGAGGCGGCGCGCGCGCUGGUCGCGGCGUGGGCGGGCGCGCUGUCCGCCGCCGGGCCCAAGCUGGCGCUGCCGCCGCUCACGGACCUGCUGCACGCGUUCGCGGCCGCGCCAACUAAUGCCAAGAAGAUCAUAGCAGAAGGCAUUCAAUGGGCUGCCGAGAGCUCCCUGCGUAUGUUGUGCGACCCGGCUUAUUCGAACGCGGAAUCGGAGAUAACGGAUUUCUUCCUGGCUCUCUUCACCGCAUUGUUGCCGCAACUUGGGAGUUUUGCCUACACUGCCAUUGAAGUUUUUCUGGAGGUCGCACAAAAGGAGACGGGCGACAGCGAAGGCAGCCUGGAGCGUCUGGUGGAGUGCGUGCGGCUGGGCGUGGAGGCGGGCGGCGCGGGCGUGCGCGUGAGCGCCGUGCUGGCGCUGCUGCACCAGCGCGUGCUGCCGCGCGCCGCGCCGCACGCGCCCGCGCUCGCCCGCGCCGCGCACCGCCUGCUCUCCAGCGUGCUGGUGCACCGGUGGCGCUACUUCUUCCCGCACAAGGUGGAGGCGGCGGAGGGCGCGCGGCGGCUGGACGAGCUGCGCGGCGCGCUGGCGGCGCUCGGCCGCGCGCUGCUGCUGCCCGAUAUCGAGCUGCUGCGCAUCAACAUCACCACACUCGACCUGCUCAACACCAAGUGGAAGCUCUUCCACAAGGCGGUGUUCCGCGCGGAGUUCCUGUGCGAGUUCCUGUCGGUGCUGGUGGCGGGCGCGUGCGAGGGCGGCGCGCGCGCGCUGCUGCGCGACGAGGCGCUGGGCUGCGCGCACGCGAUGGCCACGCUCGACUUCACCGCCUUCCGCCUCGCCUUCCUGCCGCGCUUCCUCGCCUCGCUCGACCUCGCGCCGCACCACGCCGCGCACCUCGCCGACUUCCCGCCGGAUACGGAUCUGCCAACUUUUACACAAAACAUUAUCCGUUUGAUGAACGACGUGAACUGUUAUAGAGCUUACAAAUCGCUGCCUAUUCCCGUGAUAGACGCCUAAAAAUUCACCCAAUAUUCAAUAGUGCUGUGAUAUGGUCGUUAUGUUUGGCAUUAUAUAUGAAAAUUAAAUAUUGUUAUUCAUUGGUCUUUUCCAAAAACAAAACAUAUUUAGUAGAAAAUUGGGAGAAGAUAAAGAAAUCGGUUUAAAAGGAUGAAUUUGUUUAAUUUAUCGUAUACUUGUAACUUGUACCAUGUGUUAAAAAUAAUUUACUAGUCAAGUACUUUAUAAUAUAAAUAUCGUCUUUUAUUAAGACUAAUGUUUUUUCCUAAUAAAGUGAUCCUUUUGUCAAAUACAGAUCGCAAAUAACUAUUUACCUACUCAUUUGUAAGUACAGCCACCAUCUCUAAACAAGUAGAUAUAAAAACAUAUAUUACCCAUUUAGUUUUAGCUCAUUUGUAUAUCUUUACUUAAUAUUGUCUUUAAUAUCUUUGUAUCCCGAUUUUUUCCUUCUAUUAGUAAGUUGUUGGUUAUCCAUAAUGUUUAAUGCAGUUUUCAUGGUUGCCAAGUCUUGGGGUAUGUGUACAGUGGAGUGUCUAUAUUUGUAGAACAAAUCCAAUUAAAUCAUAAAAGUGUGAACGAAGAAAUAACAUUUACCUAUUUGCAUUCAUAAUAAAUUGCCGAAGCAAUUUUUAUGUCGGUCGUGCUUCAUUGUGUAAUCAUAAACUAAAAUUGAGGCGUAUGUGAUUAUGAAAUAUUAGCCUUGGAGUUUGUUGCUUACUGAGAUUUGGCAAAUGUAAAAACUUACAUGAAUCGUGCAUUUACACGGUGCAAUAUAAAAUUAUUUAGUAUAAUGACAACACUGCAUUAAUAAUAAAUCGUAGAAGCAAUGCACGGGACCAAUUUUUAUCUGAAGUUUAGUCUAUGGAAGUUAGAUCUAGAUUGAUUUGAAUAUUUUAAGUGUUAUUGGAUGGUGACUGUUAUUCUUAUUGCUUAUAUUUUGUAUCAGAUUGGGUGACUUACAAGAUUACGUAAUGUAAUGUACAUUAAAUAUAGAAAUAAAAAAAAUGCUC